AUGUCUUUGUGUAGUGUGUGUGUGUGUGUGUGUUUGUGUGUGUUUGCGUCAGUGGGCGGCUCCGUCAGCAGCAGCUAUAAGAGCAGAUUGAGAUCUGAAGCGGCUCAAACGCACUGGUCUUCUCCUCCUCUGACAGACGUGAUGCAGGCGCAGGAGUACCUGACGAGAGGAAAGGAGAUGGUGGAUUUCAUCCAGCAGUAUCUCACAGAGAUCCGUGAGCGGCGAGUCGUUCCGGACGUUCAGCCGGGUUUUAUGCGUCCUCUGCUGCCCAGCAGCGCCCCGUAUGAGCCGGAAGACUGGAGCAGCAUCAUGCAGGACGUGGAGAACAUCAUCCUGCCCGGGGUUGUUCAUUGGCAGAGUCCUCACAUGCAUGCGUAUUUUCCUGCGCUCACCUCGUGGCCGUCUCUGCUGGGCGACAUGCUGGCAGACGCCAUCAACUGCCUCGGCUUCACCUGGGCCUCUAGUCCAGCAUGCACUGAGCUGGAGAUGUGUGUGUUGGACUGGUUGUGUAAAGCGCUCGGGUUGCCAGAUCAUUAUUUACACCAUCAUCCACAGAGCAACGGAGGAGGAAUCCUGCAGAGUACGGUGAGCGAGUGUACGCUGGUCGCUCUGCUCACCGCGAGGAAAGACCGAAUCCUGCAGAUGAAGAGUGAAUUCACACACGCCGACACGGACGAGUCGGUGCUGAACUCCAGACUCAUCGCGUACGCCUCCGACCAGGCUCAUUCGUCAGUGGAGAAGGCCGGUCUGAUCUCUCUGGUGAAGAUCAGAUUCCUGGAGACGGACGAGGCGUUUUCUCUGCGCGGAGAAACUCUUCAGCGCGCCAUCGACGAGGACCGCAGGAGAGGAUUCGUACCCGUGAUGCUGUGCGCGACGCUCGGCUCCACCGGCGUGUGUUCGUUUGACCGUCUGGAUGAACUCGGCCCCAUCUGUGCGCGUGAGGGUCUCUGGCUGCACGUGGAUGCGGCGUACGCAGGUUCUGCUCUGUUGUGUCCUGAACUGCGCUAUUUUCUCAACGGAAUCGAGUUUGCAGAUUCAUUCGUCUUCAACCCAUCCAAGUGGAUGAUGGUCCAUUUCGACUGUACGGCGUUCUGGGUGAAGAAUAAGAUGAAGCUCCAGCAGACGUUCACCGUCGACCCGCUUUACCUGAGACACGAGAAUUCGGACGCCACUGACUUCAUGCACUGGCAGAUCUCUCUGAGUCGCCGCUUUCGCUCUCUGAAGCUGUGGUUUGUGAUGCGUUCGUUCGGUCUGAAGAACCUGCAGGCUCACAUUCGACACAGCGUGGAGAUGGCAAAGCUGUUCGAGUCUCUGGUCAGAAACGACACAAACUUCCAGAUCCCGGCGCAGCGGCACCUCGGCCUGGUCGUCUUCUGCUUACGAGCUGGAAACGCAGCGACGCAGGAGUUACUGCGGAAACUGACUAAAUCGGGGCAGAUGUUUCUGAUUCCGGCCGCCAUCGGCAACAAACUCAUCAUCCGCUUCGCCGUGACGUCCCAGUUCACGAGCGCUCAGGACAUCCAGAGGGACUGGACCCUGAUCCAGCAGACGGCCAGAGAGGUGCUGCGCUCCUGCGCUCUCACGCGCCAGCCCAGCGUCAUCUCGGACGAGAGCUGCGAGGAGAACGAGGACGACGCGCCCCUCACCAUCCACGCCGAGCUGAGCCGAAUGCGCCUGGAGCCCAUGAUAGACGAGCGUCUGGUGCGGCAGGGCCAGAGACGGGCCAUACGCUCGCUGAGCUGCAGCGCGGAGCUGCCGCCCGCCCGACCCGAGCGCGCGCCCCCGCAGAGGGACGCCCCGCUGGAGCAGAUCCCCGAGCGGGAUCCCCCGCUGCCGGCGCAGCACAGGGCGCAGAAGCGUCUGCUGAAGUUCCACAGCGUGCCGAGCCUGUCUCAGGUGUGGGCGCAGUGCGGCAUGCAGCAGCUCUACCACCCCUUCAGGCGAGGAUGGGUCACCAGCAGGGCGAGCUGCUUCAACUGCUUCCCUCUGGCCGAGACCAGCCCGCUGCCCACCAAAUAACACACACACUCACACUUAUGCACACACACAGGUCUGGUCAGCUAUCCUUGUAGGGACUCUCCAUAGGUGUAAUGGUUUUUAUAUCACACAAACCAUUUUUUCUAUCACCCUACACCUAAACCUAAACCUAGCCCUCACAGGAAACUUUCUGCAUUUUUGCUUUCUCAAAAAAACUAAUUCUGUUUGAUUUAUAAGCUUUUAUACCCAUGGGGACCUCACUUAGGUCCCCACCGUGACACGAGUCCUAAUGAGUUUGUUUAGGUUUAAGUCCCCACCAGGAUAUAUAAACCAAACGCACUCAUGCACACUCUCACAAACACACACACGUGCAUACUCUUGCACAUGCACACACUCACGCAUGGAUACUCAGAGACACGCACACACUUGUGCUCUUGCACAUACACUUGUGCAUUCUCACCUGUGCACGCACACACACACGCUCUUGUGUUUGUACACACUUAUACUUGUGCGCACACACUCUUACACACAGCUGUAGAUCAGCUUCUUCAGGACUCCUGCUGAUGUUUCCCACAGGCAGGUCGGUGCAGCAUCAGCACAUUUAUUACUGUACCUGUGACCGUUAACAUCCAAGAACCGUGAACGUAAGUGUGUUGCUAAAUCACUGAAAUACUGAAUCUCAGGGGAAGUUUAUUUGAAUAUUUUAGGAUGACAGAAGGUUUGGUAAUCCCUGAUGUAGACAAAAAUAAUUUAUGGUUGUAAAGUUAUAAAACGAUUAAAUUAUUUUGUUGUAGCA